UCAGUCAGCUGACAGUCGUCUGUUUGCAAACAGCUCCGUCCGCGGGGGUCCAUGGUCUCUGCUGCGGGCCCUGAGCUCCUCUAGCUCCUCCGCGAUGGGGGAAAACGACGACAGCGACAUCAUAGAGCACCACGUGGAGGAGGAGAUGGAGAAGAAGGGAGCGAGGAGCCACGCGGCGUCCUCCUCGUUCCUGGAGAGCGUCGGUGCGUCGGACAGAGACGGCCACAGCAGCACCCAGUCCUCCCACAGACUGCUGGCCUACAGCGAUGCCCUCAUCUCCAUCAUCGCCACUGUCAUGAUUUUACCUGUUGCCCACACGAAGGUGGAAGAUAACGAGGAGCUGAGGGAGAGCGUUCAGCUUCUGCUGACGACAAAGAUUGCUGUUUACUUAAUGACAUUCCUGAUAGUCACUGUUGCGUGGGCUGCUCAUAUCAGGUUAUUUCAAGUGAUUGUACGGAUUGAUGAUUGCCUUGCCUUGCUGAACCUUGCCUGCAUGAUGCUGAUAACCUUUCUACCAUACACAUUUUCUUUAAUGGCGACUUUCCCUGAGAACGUCCUCGGGAUGUUACUCUUCUGUGGUUGUGUGAUGGUGAUCGGUGUCAUUCAGUCUGUGAUUGUGUUGUACGCCUUCAGUCGCCCCUUCCUGCUGAACGAGCAGAUCCAGAUCUCAGAGAACCAGACCUUCUAUAAGCACCACAUCCUCAAAGUCAUCAUGAGAGUGCCCCUCGUGUGCUUCUUCGCCAGCAUCUUCUCCUUCAUCUUCUUCCAGCUGUCUUACGUGCUGUUGGCCAUUGUUAUUUUCCUGCCUUACAUCUCCCAGUGUUUGAAGUGGUGCCGCAGCAAAGCGAUCGGUCAGGUGGAUGAGUCUCCAGACUCCAUCCUGUUCUACACCUACCUGCCUAAUGAACCCCUCAGUAAAGACCGAGUGGAGGCUUUCAGUGAUGGAGUUUAUGCCAUCGUAGCAACGCUUCUCAUCCUGGACAUAUGUGAGGACAACGUUCCAGAUCCGAAUGUCGUAAGGGAGCAGUUUGGCGGCAGCCUGCUAGCGGCUCUGCAGGUCUACGGUCCGGAGUAUCUGGCCUACUUCGGUUCCUUCGCCACCGUCGGCCUUCUCUGGUUUGUCCACCACUCGCUCUUCCUCCAUGUCACCAAGACAACGCGCUUCAUGGGCCUACUGAACACCUUCUCGUUGGCGUUUGUCGGAGGUUUGCCGUUAGCCUACCAGCUAACGCACGAAUUCCCGCGCAACUCCCGCAAUGAACUGGAAGCCAUUCAGAUUAGCUGUGUCAUUAUUUUCUUUGCAGGUAUAUUUCAGCUCACCAUUUGGGUGGUCGCUCUUUACAAUGAGCAGGAAACUCUGCACCCUUACGUGCGGUACGGUGGACGUGAGCAUGUGUUCAUGCUAGCUAAACUAGCUCUGUACCCCUGCGUAGCUUUAGGGACAUUUUUCCUAACAUGUAUUCUGAGUAAAUUUAGCGCCUCAAUUUUCCACCUGAUGGAGAUCACGGUGCCUUUUGCUUUUCUUGUCUUGAGGCUGUUGGUGCGCAUCGGGCUAGCGCUGCUACGGCAGAUUUUCUGUCCUGAUAGGCCCGACCCAAGGACUGUGGUAGAGGAGGCAGAUGAUGAGACAAGAGUGCCAUUCAACGCUUUAGUUACCUAGCUAGCUUGAGGAGAAGUGGCCACAGAGAAGUAAGAAAACUGACAGAGCUGCGAAGCAUGAUUGCUAAAAUAUUUGGUCUCUGAGAAAGUUGCUGCUUAGAUCAGACCUCUCAUCAGGAGCCUGUUGGGGUUUUGGUCAGGAACAAAAUGGAAAGUGGAUUCUUUUCUUAUCAGCAUUUACACUGGUUCAAAUCUUGGGAGGGAAUCGGUGCAGAUGGGAAAAGAUGUGACCACGUGUUGAAAGCAGAGUAUGGAGCCUGUAGAGGUUAAGAAUGCACUUUGUGCACCGGAGUGGUGAAGGAUACUGACAGCCAAAGCCUUUCUACUCAUUCAGCUGUUUUAAAGAAUAACCUGAAGAAUAUACUGAUGCUAGUUUUGAUUAGCGAGUAUUCAACAAUCAUCUUAAAGCACUCGAAGCUUCUUUUUUUUUCUUAUUACCCUCAGUAAGGUUUCCCGCUUUUAUUUUAUCGUUCGUAAGUCCUGAAAUUGCCAAAGGUAAAAAUUGAGAAUGGCUGUUUUCUGUUUUCAGGCAUGGCUUCAAAUCAUGCAGCUAGCUCAUGACUUAGCUAAUUAUUCCAUUCACCCCGAAACACACAGCUUAAUCAGAACUGGCUUUAUAAUUAUGGUCCAGUUUCUGUGCCAAGCACAGUCCGUCCUUCCGUUAUGGCUUGAAUUCUGCCUUUUAUUAUUCUUUUAACCUCGUUUAUUAAGAGAAAAAUUGCAAAGCACGUUCAGACACAUUCAGUUUGGCUUAAGUAUUUCUAAAUACUUUGAUCAAGGGCACAACAGGGGAAGUGGUUUUGUUUUGUCCCAGUUUAAAUGUUUGAGUGGACGUGUUAGAAAGACAGCAUGGGCACUUUAAACGUUGUACUCAACAGGUAGCGCCAUAAAAUUUCAAAUUGCACUGUUCUAAAAUAUUUAGAUUCAGAUAUUUGUGUCUAAUACCAACUGGAAUGUAAUCUCAACUUUUCAAAAAUGUCACAAUGCCAUAUUAUCUGUACAAUUAUCUUUUAACUGAAUGACUGUGCAGCUGUAUAUUUUAAAGCAGGAAAGGGUCAGAUUUUGCAGGGCUGUUGUUGAUUUUAGUUCCAGAUGCACUGAUUUCAUUUUUUUCUUGAAAAUGCUGUUUUAAAAUCCUGUCAACCCAUUACAGAAAACACGAGAAGUCUGUGGCUCUGUUUGUAUGGAGAGGUUUGUAAAAAGAGAUGUCAUAGAUUUUUCCAGAAGGGGUCACUGUUGUUUCUAAUAAUAGUCCUGAGAUACUACAAUGAUGCUGUGCUAUGACGUACAGAUAUGUGUUUAAUACUGACUCAAAAAGGGAUUCAAAUCCGAGAUGCACUUUAAUGGAAACCUAUCAGGUGAUGGCGUAGGGUUCAUUAUACUAUUUGUUUGUGAUCACUUGUCAUUUCAUAUUUUUGGCUUUUUUUGGCUUGUUUUGGUUGUCUUGUUUUUUUGAUGAUUUACAGAUCAAGCUGCAUUUAGAGCCACGUAUGGUUUUAAGAUAGAGUCCUGUUAUUUUCACGAUUUUAUGGAGGAAUAAGGGCCUGAAUUUAUUUGCCUUUCAUUGUAACGCUCCUUGUAUCCAAAAUAAUGAAAACAAAAUUUUGUCUGACAUUUUCACCUAAUGUAAACAACUGAAUUUGAAUAUUUUACCAUCAUCAGUCUUAGAGACAUGUAGCUUCUUCUGAGUCCUAACAACACAAUCUUUACUCUUCCUCUUUUCCUCAGACGUCAAGUUACCACUCAGAAAUCUUUUCUUUUUAAAAUGAUCUCUCUCUCGUUGUCAUUCGUCGGACAUAGUAGUGUGUUUAUUAAGGCCAGUGGACACUGAUUUCUGUUGUCAAUGCUUGGAUGUCUGUGUGUGUGUGCGAUGGUUACCUGAGUUCAAACACUGCAUCUGCUCUUUCACACGGCAACGUUUGGUGAAUAAAUCUGAAGUUGUUCCUCUAA